AUGGCCAAUCGACGACAGCGGCGUGUCAUAAUCAUCGCCGUCUUCUUGUUGGGGUUCUUUGCCUUCCACACCCUUCGUUCGAGCGGUCCGCCGCCUCGCAAACAUGCCGAUAUUCGCCUCGUCAAGAGCAGCUUCGACUGGGCCGCCCACCAGCACAAGUAUCCGAUAGCUCCGCUCUCGAUGCACCGCCUGCCGACCCAACGUCCGAAACCCCUCCCACGCGUCCAGUUCGACUUUGGCGCGCAGCGCAUGCGCAAGAACGAUGCGACAUCCGAGUCGCGACGGCACGCGGUGCGAGACGUCUUCGUCAAGAGCUGGAACAGCUACAAGGAGCACGCCUGGGGGUUCGACGAGCUCACCCCCGUCACGGCCAAGGGCAAGAAUACCUUUGGCGGCUAUGCGGCUACCCUCGUCGACGCCCUCGACACGCUCUGGAUCAUGGACUUGCGCGACGACUUCGACGCUGCGCUGGCCGUCGUUGCGUCCAUGGACUGGGACGACACGGAAGAAACGGCAGUCAAUGUCUUCGAGACAACCAUCCGCCACCUCGGCGGUCUCUUGAGCGCCUACGACCUUAGCGAGGAGCCCGUGCUGCUGCUCAAAGCCAUCGAACUGGGCGACAUGCUGUAUGCCGCCUUCGACACGCCGAACCGGAUGCCGCCUUUUUGGCUCGACUUUGAGGCCGCGAAAAACGGAAACCUCGUCGCCGGCACGGCCGACCCUUCGGCAUCGCCUUGUUCGCUGGGGCUGGAGUUCACGAGGCUAUCCCAGCUCACCGGGGACCCCAAGUACUUCGACGCCAUCGAGAGGGUCAAGUUAUUCCUAGAAAAGACGCAGCGAGAGAGCCGGUUGCCUGGCAUGUGGCCAGCUCUCAUCAACUUCCGAGACGAGUCCGUCACGCAACACAACGAGUUCACACUCGGCGCUCUGGCCGACUCCUUGUACGAGUACCUGCCCAAGAUGUUUGCCUUGCUUGGAGGAACCGAUCCGGCCUACGAAAAGAUGUAUCGUCACGCCAUGCACGUUGUCGAGCAGUACCUCCUGUUUCGCCCCAUGCUUCCCGACGGCCAGGACAUCUUGUUUUCCGGGACGGCCUUUGCCGAAGGCAACGUGAGGCGAAACCCAGAGAGCCAGCACUUGUCAUGCUUCGUUGGUGGCAUGUUCGGGUUGGGUGGCAAGCUGUUCGGGAUCGACGAACACGUGAGCUUGGCCGAGAGGCUGGCUCGUGGCUGCGGCUGGGCCUAUAGUUCGUUCCCCACGGGACUCAUGCCCGAGAUUUUUGGCAUGGUCACUUGCGACACCCUGGACACCUGCGAGUGGGAUGAGGAGCGGUGGAAGCGUGAAGGCGCCUCCGAUCUGAAAAAGGGCUUCUCCCAUGCUCGUGACCCACGAUACAUCCUCCGACCCGAGGCUAUCGAGAGCAUCUUCCUGAUGUACAGAAUGACCGGCAACCCCGAAUACCAGGAGAUAGCCUGGACCAUGUUUCAAUCCAUCGCCAAAGCUACCGAGACGGAGUAUGCGAACUCGGCUAUCGAAGACGUAACAGUCAGGGGCGAGACGAAGAAGCUGGACUCAAUGGAGAGCUUCUGGCUGUCCGAGACGCUGAAAUACUUUUACUUAAUCUUCUCGCCUCCUGGUCUCGUCAACCUCGACGACUAUGUCUUGAAUACGGAGGCGCAUCCACUGAGACGGCAAUCUCCUUGA